UUCUUUUUUUUUUUCUUUAUAGAGCAUUUAUAUAUAGAGGUAUGUUUCAUUUUAGACGAUGAGCUAAAUUACGGUACUUCCAAUUUUGUGUCAGAAAAUGGUAAAAAUGUUAAAUUACAGCUUUUACCACUUCAAAGCAAUAUAUAUGGUUGGAUUGAAUAUGCUUUUACUACAGCAACAACACACUCUUCAAUCUGUCGGAACCACAUUAUUAUCAUCGUACCAAACACCGCAAUUCGUACGUAUCGUUAUUCUGCUGCAAAACAAAAACACCUUGGUAUUUCUCAUUCACUUUCUCUUGGCCUUCACCCUUCUGCAUCUCUCUCUCUCUCUCUCUCUCUCUCUCUCUCUCUCUCUCUCUCUCUCUCUCUCUCUCUCUCUCUCUCUCUCUCUCUCAGUUCCUUUCAAGUGUUAGCAAUUGCAGAUCUGCUGAAUUGUAAAUUUGCUGCUUGGUUGACCAAUUUCUCUGUCUCUUUCUUUAUGGUUUCGGUUCUAGAAGAUAAUGCAUUACGUGCAGACCGAUCUAUGACUAGUGAAAACAUAAUGAGUCAAGUGUCGAAUACAGUUGUAGGUGCAUGUUUUCCCGAGGAUGUGAAGACGAUUGACGAGCAAACGAACAGUCGUGGUUCUGUUGAAAGUAUGGAUACGAGUUGUGUUAUACAUAAAAAUGAAGGCAUUGUUGGGAUAAAUGGUCUUGUUGAAGGGGGCAAGAGUAUUAUUACAUACCAAAGGAAGAAAAGACAAAAAACGACAGAGUUGUUGUCUGAUCGACCCAAAUCUUAUCUAGAAAUUAUCGAGGAGUCAUUGAAGGAAGAUUUAGGCAAGGGUUUGAAUUUUUCGGACAAUGAACAAAAAGUACUGAUUGUCAAGGCAAAUGGAAAUACAAGUGAAAGUUGCGAUGAUGCUGACGUGGCUGUGCUUGAACUGGAGGAACGUAGGACCGAUCAAACAGACAAUGAUGACAGGGCGAUAAAUACAAGUUCUUGUGACGCUGAUAUGCUUGCAGUAAACCUAGUUAAGGAACACCCGAACGAGGUUGAGGAAAACGUCGGUAACGGUGAAGAAGAAAGUAUUGGUAAUUUUCCGAAUGGUUUAAAAGUUGUAAACGGAAGCGUAAAUGUGACGACGUAUGCAGGGAAGAAGCUUCUUGUUCUUGAUGUGAAUGGCUUGCUUGUCGAUAUCAAUUCGUACGUACCUUACGAUUACGACCCUGACGAAAUCAUACUGAAGAAAGCAGUUUUUAAGAGGCCGUACUGUGACGAUUUUCUGAGGUUCUGCUUCGAGAGGUUUAAUGUAGGUGUCUGGUCUUCAAGAACCAAAAGAAAUGUUGAGCCGAUUCUCAAUUUUCUUUUGGGGAAGGAUAAGUGCAAAUUGCUCUUUUGUUGGGACCAAUCACAUUGCACUAAUACAGGUUAUUAUACUAUUGAGAAAAGGUAUAAGCCUCUUCUCUUGAAGAAACUUAAAAGGCUGUGGGAAAAGUUCGAUCCCGAUCUUCCGUGGGAGAGGGGAUUAUAUAAUGAAACGAAUACUCUUUUAUUAGACGACUCUCCUUAUAAGGCCUUAACUAAUCCUCGGUAUACAGCAAUCUUUCCCUACAGUUAUCGAUUCAGAAAUUUAGGAGACAAUUCGUUAGGGCCUGGAGGUGAUAUACGCACUUAUUUGGAAGGAUUAGCGAUGGCAGAAAAUGUUCAAGAAUACGUUGAGCAAAAUCCAUUCGGGCAAAGAGCCAUAACCGAAAGAAAUUUGUCGUGGCGUUACUACCUUAAGGUUAUCGAAGCCAGUUCAACACCACCACGGCAAACUGACGACGAGGACAAUUCUUUACAGUAAGCACUCUGAAACCGAUGACUUGUAUUCUUAUCUAACUGCGAUUCCGUUUCUAGUCAAUGCUCCACUAAACUUUAUUUAGUUAAUCGAACUUCUGUAUCAUGGCAAUGUGAGCUACCAAACUGUAUAUUUGAUACAUUAUUAAUUGUUACUUCUGUAAUUUUAUGUAACUUUUAUGACCAAUACAUAUAGUAUUUUCUCCUGUAAUGAAAGUUUAGAUGAGUAAGGGAGGAAAUCUGACAUAACACAUCUCAAAAUACAGUUUCGGAAAUCGAAAAUUUAUUCCGAUGCCGGAAAUUUUGAAAAUUUUGCUAC